GGCUUCCUCCAGCUCUCUGGCCACACGCGGACGUCGGAAGUGUGCGAGGUGGCGGGGAGGCCGGCAGGUGACAGCCAGGGGCCCAGCCCCAGAAUCUUCCGCCGGCUCAAGACCACCGCGCAGCCAUGGGCUACCAGGGACAACAGCCCGUCCUCCCGCCGCAGGAUUGCCUUAUUCAAUGAAGCAAGCUGGAUUUCCUUUGGGAAUAUUGCUUUUAUUGUGCGUUUCAUAUGUUACAGACUUUUCCCUUGUUUUAUUGAUAAAAGGCGGGGCUCUCUCUGGAACAGACACCUACCAGUCUUUGGUCAAUAAAACCUUCGGCUUUCCAGGGUAUCUCCUUCUUUCUGUUCUUCAGUUUUUGUAUCCAUUUAUAGCUAUGAUAAGUUACAACAUAAUAGCUGGAGAUACUCUGAGCAAAGUCUUUCAAAGAAUUCCUGGAGUUGAUUCUGGAAACUUGUUUAUUGGUCGCCACUUCAUUAUUGGACUUUCUACGGUUGCCUUUACUCUGCCUUUGUCCUUGUACCGAGAUAUAGCAAAGCUUGGAAAGGUCUCCCUUAUUUCUACAGUUUUAACAACUCUGAUUCUUGGAAUUGUAGCAACAAGGGCAGUUUCAUUGGGUCCACACAUUCCAAAAACAGAAGAUGCCUGGGUAUUUGCAAAGCCCAAUGCCAUUCAGGCUGUUGGGGUCAUGUCUUUUGCAUUUAUUUGCCACCACAACUCCUUCUUAGUUUACAGUUCUUUAAAAGAACCCACAGUAGCUAAGUGGUCCCGCGUCAUCCAUAUGUCCAUCGUGGUUUCUGUAUUUAUCUGUAUGCUUUUUGCUACAUGUGGAUACUUGACAUUUACUGGCUUCACUCAAGGAGACCUAUUUGAAAAUUAUUGCAGAAAUGAUGACCUGGUAACAUUUGGAAGAUUUUGUUAUGGCGUCACUGUCAUUUUGACAUACCCAAUGGAAUGCUUUGUGACGAGAGAGGUAAUUGCCAAUGUGUUUUUUGGUGGGAAUCUUGCAUCCGUUUUCCACAUUGUUGUAACAGUUGUUAUCAUUACUGUAGCCACGCUUGUGUCAUUGCUGAUUGAUUGCCUUGGAAUAGUUUUAGAACUCAAUGGUGUGCUCUGUGCGGCUCCUCUAAUUUUUAUCAUUCCAUCAGCAUGUUAUCUGAAACUGUCUGAAGAAGCGAGGACACACUCAGAUAAGAUUAUGUCCUGUGUCAUGCUUCCCAUUGGUGCUGUGGUGAUGGUUUUUGGAUUUGUUAUGGCUAUCACAAAUUCUCAGGACUGCACCCACGGGCAAGAAAUGUUCUAUUGUUUUCCUGACAAUUCCUCUCUCACAAACAUCUCAGAUUCUCAUUUGCAACUGACAACACAACUUUCCAUUUUAAAUAUCAGUAUCUUUCAAUGAGUUGAUUGCUUUAAAACAUAUGUAUGUUUUCAUGGACUUCUAAACCACAUAAUAACAUUUGCACAUGUCUUAAUCCCUAUUUAUAUUAUCAAAAUUAUUUUAGCAUUUA